AUGCAAGUUAUGGCAAAUAAAAGGAGUUCGGAUGCCGUCGUAAUGCCGAAAACUGCCGAAGUUAACGAAACCGAUCCUUUGGCGAUCGUGGCCGAGCAUGAUAACGAUGAUUGUACCGCUGUCGAAACUGUUGCAGUGGCGAGUUCGAAAACAUCUUCAGGUCUCAAACUUUCUAAUAAUUCUAGUGGCAUUAUCACAGUACCAGUGUCUUUGCCAGUUGGCGCCCUCGUGACGGGUUGUUCUUUCAAUGUUAUACCAUCUGAACCGUUGCCGCAUUUUAAGCCCAUGUUGUGCGUGGAUAAUGGGUUUAUUUCUAGUGGCUCGCUUAACCAGAAAACCAAACCAACACAUAUCGUCAUCCAGGAUUCGGUUGGAUCGACGUUGAAUGAUUCCAAAGACAGCGAAGAAGAAAUUUUGCCGUUCACUCGAAAUGCGAACAAUCAAUCCUGGCUGAAUGUGGCGAGUAUGCCCGUAUUACCUAUACGUUGUAAAAAUACUUCAGCAGAACUCCAUAAAUGUAAGUUGGGAUCCGGUGGUCGUGGUAAAUGUAUUUUUUAUCGUUCAGAGUGGUAUACACCAAGUGAAUUUGAGGCACUAUGUGGCAGGGCAUCUAGUAAAGACUGGAAAAGGUCUAUAAGAUUUGGUGGAAGAAGUAUUCAAACAUUAAUUGAAGAGGGCAUUCUCAAACCACAUGCCACAAGCUGCACUUGUGGUUCUUGUUGUGAUGACCUAACAGCUACUGGUCCUGUGAGAUUGUUCAAACCAUAUCAAAGAAAAAGACGUAAUCAAGACUCUGAAGAUGAUCAAGUAAAACUUUCAAGAAAGAAACGUAUUACAGAGGAUUCCAAUAUAGAUAACAUACAUCAGACAAGUAAUAGUAACUCCAAAGAGGACUGGCAAACUCUUGCAGUUGAUCUUGAUAAUAAUGAAGAUUAUAACUUAUUAACAGAUGAUCCAACUUCAGAGGAUAUCUCCACAUCAGUGGAGGAAAGGAAGGAAAUAGAAUUGCCUGACAUGAGUUCUGUAAUAAAGCGAAUUGAAGACAUAGGGCAAAUACUAUUAAAAUUAAACGGAGAAUUGAAGCAAUGUGCUGAAGAUGUGCGCCUGAUAAAUACAAGGCAAUUGGAGCAUAUAGAUCGCACCACUGAAUUACUUGCUGCUGCCACAAAUGCCUCCAGUGGUGUUGAUGGGCAAGUUGAUGGGGAGGAAGUAUCAUUGCAAAACUCAGAUAGUGAGGGUACAAAAAAGUGUGCCAAUUGUAACAGAGCAGCGUCGGCGGAAUGCUCUCUAUGUCGAAGAACGCCGUACUGUUCCACUUACUGCCAGAAAAAAGACUGGGCGUCACACCAAAUAGAUUGUUUGCGGAAUGUGCCUCAAGUCUUCAACUCGGAAGGCUCCUCGCACCAGUCGAUCAUGCUUAUAGUGGAAAAUCCACAAUAA